GUCCCCAUGAGCGGUGGUUGGAAUCUAAGAGACCUUCCUGUCAGCGGGUCGCUUCUCUGCGGCGCCCUGGGUCUCGUCACCUCGAUCUUGAACCGCAGCGGCGGGCUACUCAGCUUCUCCAAUCUCGUGUGCUCCCGCUCCAACACCCUCAACUCCACGAACCACCUCCCGUCUCUAUACCGCGUCCGUUUCCACUCCACGAUGACGCGCAGCCGUUUAUCUAGAUCCACCUCGACCCACCUUCCGCCUCCUUCGCCGUUGGGAACCCACUUCUUAGGCUGGAUCUGCUUGCUCCUCGGUUUCCUCGUGCUCGAUGCCGAUGUAGGCGUAGCCCUGCUCUUGGCCCGCAAGAAGCUCUGUUUCUCUGAUAUCGAUGUGGUACUCCUUCAACAUGCCAUUGUUGUCGAAGUUGAUAGGGACAGUGACGAUGUUGUCUUCCGCGUCCGUGGCGUCACCCAUGUCGAGGUCCGCGUCGGCCACGGUGGUGCGAUUAUCGUCGACGUUUUCGCUGGAUGUAUCCUGGCUAACAUGCGUGGAGGUGUCGUUAACGCUUGUCAGGGGUGUGACAGGCGUCGCGGCCCAGCUGAAGUCGGACUCGAGUGA